CCCGCCCAGCACCUCCUCCCGGCCCCCACGUCCAUGCCCACACAGCCGGGUUGGGACAACGGAUGCUCUGGUCUUGCUGACGUCUGCUCAAAAUGUCCCUGGCGAGCUGUGGCCCUGGGGAAGUUGAGGGGGAGGUCCAGAGAAGGGCAAGGGGGAAGGGAUGUGAAACUUGGCCCCCGUCCCGCGCCACCCCUGCUGGCCGUCACGCCAGGGUCCCUGGGCAGAGGGCAGGAGCGUCCAGUCCCGAGUGGACAAGCCGAAGGCAGGCACCACAUGGAGACCUCGACAUGGCUGCUGCUGUGUGUGCUGGCCACCUCCCUGAGCUCUGGGGUGACCCAGGGCGUGUGCCGAGCCCCUGAUGGCAAGGACGGGGCUGCGGGGAAGCCUGGCCGACCCGGACGGCCGGGCCUCAAGGGCGAGCGAGGGGCACCGGGGGCACCCGGCAUGCGGACGGGCAUCCGAGGCCUUAAAGGAGACCCGGGGGAACCCGGGCCCCCUGGGAGCCCUGGCAAGGUGGGCUUCCCAGGGCCCAGCGGCCCCCCAGGCGACCGCGGCCCCCAGGGCUCCAGGGGCCCUAGGGGUAACCCAGGGAACAUCAGAGACCAGCCCCGACCGGCCUUUUCCGCAGUGAGGCGGAACCCCCCAUCGGGCGGCAACGUGGUCAUCUUCGACACGGUCAUCACCAACCAGGAAGAGCCGUACCAGAACCACACGGGCCACUUCGUGUGCGCCGUGCCCGGCUUCUACUACUUCACCUUCCAGGUGGUGUCCAAGUGGGACCUCUGCCUGUUCAUCGUGUCGGCCUCCAGGGGCCAGACGCGCCGCUCCGUGGGCUUCUGCGACACCAACAGCAAAGGCAUCUUCCAGGUGGUGUCGGGGGGCACGGCGCUGCAGCUGCAGCGGGGGGACCAGGUCUGGAUCGAGAAGGACCCCGCCCGGGGCCGCAUCUACCAGGGCACCGAGGCCGACAGCGUCUUCAGUGGCUUCCUCAUCUUCCCGUCGGCCUGCAUGGAUGUGGGGCUCGGCUCCCAGUCCCCGCUUGGGCUGCACCUGCUGCUGCUCCUGCUGGCCUUGCCACUCGGAAGCCAGGCCAGUGCAGACUGCUACGGCAUCCCGGGGAUGCCAGGCCUGCCCGGGACCCCUGGAAAGGACGGGCACGAUGGGCUGCCAGGGCCCAAGGGCGAGCCAGGAAUCCCAGCCAUACCGGGGACACGAGGACCCAAGGGUCAGAAAGGAGAACCGGGCACACCUGGCCACCCCGGGAAAAAUGGCCCCAUGGGAAGCUCGGGGCCGCCGGGGGACCCUGGCCACAGGGGCCCCCCUGGGGAGCCGGGCGUGGAGGGCAGGUACAAGCAGAAGCACCAGUCGGUAUUCACGGUCACUCGGCAGACCGCCCAGUUCCCGGAGUCCAACAGCCUGGUCAGGUUCAACACGGCCAUCACCAACCCUCAAGGCGAUUAUGACACGAGCACCGGCAAGUUCACCUGCAAAGUGCCCGGCCUCUAUUACUUUGUCCACCACACAUCACACACGGCCAACCUGUGCGUGCAGCUGUACCACAACGGGGCCAGGGUGACGGCCUUCUGCGACCACAUGGCCAACACCAAGCAGGUCAGCUCGGGCGGGGUGCUGCUGCGGCUGCAGGUGGGCGAUGAGGUAUGGCUGGGCGUCAAUGACUACAACGGCAUGGUGGGCACCGAGGGCUCCGACAGCGUCUUCUCCGGCUUCCUGCUCUUCCCCGACUAGGGGCACAGCUGUCCUCUCCCUCAGCUGCCUGCAGCCUUGCCCAGGCCUUUGUCCCCACCUGAUGAACUCCUCCUCCAGGAAGCCCGCCUUGAUCCCCUGUCCUAGGAGUUCUGUCUCUGAAUUCACUCUUUGUACCCAAUACCUUCUGGUACCCUCAGUGGCUUUUUUCAGAUCUUGAAAAGCAGGGUGAAAUAGAAACAAAUAAAUUGGUAAACAUGC